AUGACUGUCGUGGCCAAGGGCGAUGCCCCUUCCCCGCCAACCCAGGAGGAGAUUUCCGCCUUCAUCCACGCCGUCUUCAACGCGGCCACCUCUGCCGCCUCCGUCGAUGCCGCCUACGGUCUUUGCGAAGUCCUGAACAACACGAUCGGAUACCAGGGUCUGAUCCAGUAUGGCAUCCUCGCCGAGAUCAAGAAGGCUGCUGCCAACAAGAAGUCGGGCCAAAUCCGCGAGUCCGCCCAGAACCUCCUUGGUGCCCUCUUCGAGCGCCUCCCUCCCAAGUCUCCCCUGAGCGAAGUCGUCUUCCUGCUUCAGGAUGGCGGCAUGGUCGCCUGCUCUCUCGACGCUCUCUCCGACAAGGGCUCCGUCGUUCGCGAGUCUGCUCAGUAUGCGCUGGACGCUCUCUUCAACAACCUGAGCCCCGAGGCUCUCGUCGUUGGCCUGCUGCCCGCCCUCUCCGCCUACCUCUCCAAGAAGACCGGAAAGUGGCAGGGAACUGCCGCCGCCUUCAAGCUGCUGCAGAAGAUGGCCGACAAGGCCAAGCAGACUGUCGGCUCAACCCAGGAGCAGGCCGAGGAGCAGGACGUUCUGCGUGAGGCCCUGGGCACCAAGCUGGCUGGUCUUAUCCCUAUCGUCGAGGCCGGCAUGCACGAUCUCAAGUCCGAGGUUGAGAAGCAGGCUGUCCAGACCAUGACCGCUCUCACCGCUCUGCUCUCCAACGACGACGUCGCCCCUCGCAUUCCCCUCCUCAUCGACACCAUGCAGCACCCCUCGACCGAGACCCUGCGCAAGGCCAUCCACGCCCUGUCCAUGACCACUUUCGUCGCCAUCGUCACCUCCCCCGUUCUGGCUCUCCUGACCCCUCUGCUGGAGCGAUCUCUCAACACCCCCACCACCGCCCAGGAGGUCCUGCGCCAGACCGUCGUCGUCGUCGAGAACUUGACCAAGCUUGUCCACGACCCCAUCGAGGCCCGCACCUUCCUUCCCAAGCUUCAGCCUGGUGUGAAGGGUGUCUACGACCGCGCUUCCCUCCCCGAGGUCCGUGAGCUUGCUAAGAGAGCUCUGGACGUCAUCGAGAAGGCCAUGGGUGACGACAAGGAUGUCGUCGAGCGUGUCAAGGGCGACGACGUGGCCAAGAUUCUCGACGCCGAGAUCAAGAAGAACGGCGGCCUGGCCAGCCAGGUCGACUUCAAGGUUGCCCGCUCUUACAUCUGCGACCAGGUCGCCGAAGACGUGAACCACCGUUUCGUCAAGCGCAUUUCCGCCAGGAUUGCCCCCUACCUCCAGGCGCUGGUCCAGACUGCUGGUGCAAACACGACUAUUGCCGAUGCUGUUGAGGAAUACUACGUCAAGGAGGAUGAGCGCAAGUUCGGUGUUCCCGAAAAGGAGGACGACGGCGAGACUGAGAUCGUCAACGCACACUUCUCCCUUGCCUACGGUGGCAUGUUGCUGCUCUCCCACACCAACCUGAGACUGCUCAAGGGUCACCGUUACGGUCUCUGCGGUCGCAACGGUGCUGGCAAGUCUACACUCAUGCGCAGCAUUGCCAACGGCAAGCUGGAGGGUUUCCCUCCUCAGGAUGUUCUCCGCACAAUCUACGUCGAGCACAACCAGGGCGAGGACGCCGACAUCAGCAUUCUGGAUUUCGUCCUGAAGGACGAGGAGAUUGCCGCCCGCGGCAGGGACAAGGUCGUCGAGGUUCUCGCCGAAUUCGGUUUCGCCAGCGGUCCCGAAGGUCGCCAGUCGCACAAGGUCGGCUCGCUGUCUGGUGGUUGGAAGAUGAAGCUGGCUUUGGCCCGCGCUAUGCUCAAGGGCGCCGACGUUCUGUUGUUGGACGAACCUACUAACCACUUGGAUGUUGCCAACAUCGCCUGGUUGGAGAACUACCUCAAGACACACCCCGACAUCACCAGUUUGAUCGUGUCCCACGACUCUGGUUUCCUCGACAACGUCACCACUGAUAUCUACCACUACGAGCCCAACAAGAAGCUGGCUUGCUACAAGGGUAACCUGGCCAACUUCGUCAAGCUUCGCCCCGAGGCCAAGAGCUACUACACCCUCUCUGCCUCCCAGGUCCAGUUCAAGUUCCCUCCUCCUGGUAUCCUUACUGGUGUCAAGUCCAACACGCGCGCCAUCAUUCGCAUGACCAACGUCUCCUACCAGUACCCCAAGGCCCCCAAGCCUUCUCUGAUGGACGUCUCUUGCCAGCUCACCCUGUCAUCCCGUGUGGCUAUUAUCGGCCCCAACGGUGCGGGCAAGUCGACUCUCAUCAAGAUCCUUACCGGCGAGGUUAUUCCCAGUGUCGGCAAGGUCGAGAAGCACCCCAACCUGCGUAUCGGUUACAUCAAGCAGCACGCUCUUGAACACGUCGAAAUGCAUUUGGAAAAGACCCCCAACCAGUACCUGCAAUGGCGUUACGCCAACGGUGACGACCGUGAGGUCUUCCUGAAGCAGACUCGCAUCCUCUCCGACAAGGACAGGGAGCAGAUGGAGAAGCUGAUUGACCUCAAGGACGGCAAGUCUCCUCGUCAGAUCGAGGCUGUUGUCGGUCGUCAGAAGUACAAGAAGACCUUCCAAUACGAAGUUAAGUGGAAGGGCUGGCUCCCGAAGUACAACACCCAGGUUUCCCGCGAGACCAUGGAAGAGUGGGGUUUCACCAAGCUCAUCCAGGAGUUCGACGACCACGAGGCUUCCCGCGAGGGUCUCGGUUACCGUGAGCUCCAGCCCACCGUCAUCUCCAAGCACUUCGAGGACCUCGGCCUGGACCCCGAGAUCGCCAACCACAACGAGAUCGGCUCUCUGUCCGGUGGUCAGAAGGUCAAGGUCGUCAUUGCUGGUGCCAUGUGGAACAACCCCCACUUGCUCGUCCUCGACGAGCCUACUAACUUCUUGGACCGUGACUCCCUCGGUGGUCUCGCCGUCGCCAUUCGCGAGUUCAAGGGUGGUGUUAUCCUGAUUUCCCACAACGAAGAGUUCGUCGGCGCUCUCUGCUCCGAGCAGUGGCACGUCAACGACGGUCGCGUCGCCCUCCGCGGCAACGCUGCCAUCAACCUCUCUUCCUUCGAGGACAACAGCGCGCCCGGCAGCGGUGUCCCUAGCACCGUCGCCUCCACUGCCGUCUCCAGUGCUGUCAACAGUGCCGUCAACAGCGGCGUUGAAGACAACACGGAAAUGAAGUUCAAGGCCAGGAAGAAGAAGAAGAAGACCAAGAAGGAGCUCAAGGAGCAGGAGGUCCGUCGCCGUCUGCGUCACAUCGAGUGGCUCAACAGCCCCAAGGGCACCCCCCACCCGGUCGACACCGAUGACGAGGAAUAA